AUGGCUCCAGGAAAUGGCUCUUUUAUGACUCACUUCAUAUUGGUGGGAUUAACAGACCAACCAGAUCUCCAACUCCCCCUGUUCUUCCUAUUUCUAAUGAUGUAUAUAAUCACAAUGAUGGGAAAUUUGGGCAUGAUAACUUUAAUUGGGCUCAAUUCCCACCUGCACACCCCUAUGUACUUUUUCCUCUUUAACUUGUCAUGUAUUGAUCUUUGUUAUUCUUCUGUGUUUACACCCAAAAUGCUGAUCAACAUAAUAUCAAAGAAGAAUAUUAUCUCCUAUAUGGGAUGCAUGACUCAGCUUUACUUUUUCAGUUUUUUUGGCAUUUCUGAAUGCUAUGUGCUGACAUCCAUGGCCUAUGAUCGCUAUGUAGCCAUCUGUAACCCACUAUUGUAUAAUAUUGCUGUGUCCCCUAAAGUGUGUUCCAGCCUUGUGCUUGGUUCAUACCUAAUGGAGUUUUUUGAUGCCACUACCCUUAUUGGAUGCAUGCUGAGACUGACCUUUUGUGCUGCAAAUACUAUCAACCAUUAUUUGUGUGACAUCCACCCUCUGCUCCAGCUCUCCUGCACAAGUACCUACCUCAUUGAGAUGGAAGUUUUCAUUGUGGGAGGCCUAAAUAUUAUCAUACCCAGUCUCACCAUCUUUAUCUCUUAUGGUCUCAUCCUCACCACCAUCCUCCGCAUCAACUCCAUGGAGGGCAGGUCUAAAGCCUUCAGCACCUGCAGUUCCCACGUAAUUGCUGUUUCUUUGUUCUUUGGAUCAAGUGCUUUUAUGUAUCUCCGACCAUCUUCUGUAUCCAUGGAUGAAGGGAAAAUCUCUUCUGUCUUUUACACCAAUGUAGUUCCCAUGAUGAACCCCUUAAUUUACAGCUUGAGGAAUAAAGAUGUUAGACUUGCUCUGAGAAAAACCCUGAGGAGGGGAGAGUUUUGA